GAAUUCAAAGCAUCCCAAAAUUGUUAUAGAUUGAGCCUUUAAUAUAAUUUUGUUUGUGCAAUGAAAACUCCAGUCCUUGAAUGCCGCCUUUUCUUCUUCAUAUCCUCCUGCUUGCUGCUCCAAAUGGUGGCAGCCCAAUCCCAAUGCUUGAGCCAUCAGAAAAUGUUGUUGUUGCAGUUCCGCAGCAGCCUGGUGUUCGACUCAACAGCUUCAACCAAGCUUGCGCGCUGGAACAACAGCACAGAGGACAACUGUUGUGUUUGGGCUGGGGUGGAAUGUGACACCUCAGGUCAUGUCAUCACCUUGAUUCUCGACAGUGAAACCAUUACAGAUGGUAUUCACAAUUCAAGCGCUCUAUUCAGUCUUCAAUACCUUGAGAGGCUCAAUUUGGCUUUCAACACCUUCAAUUCCAUUCCAAUUCCAGUUCAGAUCUAUAAUCUUACCAACUUGACAUAUCUCAAUUUGUCAACUGCUGGUUUUGGAGGGCAGAUCCCGAGUGGAAUAUCAAGACUCACAAGGUUGGUAACUCUUGACCUCUCAUUCUAUUGGAAUCUUAAACUUGAGAAUCCAAAUCUAAACCAAUUCUUUGAGAACUCCACUCAACUUAGACAACUUUAUCUUGAUGGUGUUGAUCUUUCCAGUACAGUAGUACUUCCAAAAUUCUUAGCCAAUUUCUCUAACCUCAAGACCUUGAGCCUCAGGGAAUGUAAUCUUCAGGGAUCAUUUCCAACAGAGAUAUUUCAGAUACAAGGUUUACAGGAAUUCAGUUUGGAAGACAAUGAUGAUCUUAGUGGCGGUUUCCCAUCAUUUCCUGAGAAUGGAUCACUUAGGAUGAUCUCAGUAGCUUCCACUCAAUUUUCUGGUUCGUUGCCAGCAUCCAUUAGUAAUCUUAGCAACUUGUCUAGGAUCGAUCUCAGCUACUGCAAUUUCAGUGGAUCAAUUCCCUCUACCAUGGCACAACUUACCAGUCUCACUUAUGUUGAUUUCUCGCAUAACCACUUCACUGGCUCAAUCCCGCAUUUUCUACACUCAAAGAAUCUUACUAGCAUAGAUUUUUCUUUUAAUGGCCUGACAGGUCCACUCUCUUCUAAACAUUUUGAAGGCCUUUCAAAAGUUGUGCACAUAAAUUUAAGGUCAAAUUUUCUCUCUGGAAGAAUUCCCCCAUCUCUGUUUUCACUCCCAUCUUUACAACACCUAGAUCUUUCCAACAAUUCAUUUGAUGGUGUUGUUGAUGAAUAUGUGAAUGUAUCUACCUCACAAUUGCAAACACUCAAUCUGAGUUCUAAUUGUCUAGUUGGGUCAUUGCCGAAGUACUUCUUUGAAUUUCCAAAGUUGACUACGUUGUUGCUUUCUUCCAACUCCUUAAGUGGAAGGAUACAAUCAUCUUUAUUUUCACUUCCAUCAUUGGAUACACUAGAUCUUUCCAAAAAUUCAUUUGAUGGUCUUGUUGAAGAAUAUGUGAAUGUGUCGGUCUCACCAUUGGGAAUUCUCGAUUUGAGUUCUAAUCGUCUAAAUGGGUCAUUUCCAAAGUACUUCUUUGAAUUUCCAAAGUUGACUAAGUUGUUGCUUUCUUCCAACUCCUUAAGUGGAAGGAUACAAUCAUCUUUAUUUUCACUUCCAUCAUUGCAGACACUAGAUCUUUCCAAAAAUUCAUUUGAUGGUCUUGUUGAAGAAUAUGUGAAUGUGUCUGUCUCACCAUUGGGAAUUCUCGAUUUGAGUUAUAAUCGUCUAAAUGGGUCAUUUCCAAAGUACUUCUUUGAAUUUCCAAUGCUGUGUGGUUUAUUACUUUCUUCUAAUUCCUUAAGUGGAAGGAUACAAUCAUCCAUGUUUUCACUUCCAUCAUUGGAUGUACUAGAUCUUUCCAACAAUUCAUUUGAUGGUCUUGUUGAUGAAUAUGUGAAUGUGUCUGUCUCACCAUUGAGUAUUAUGGAUUUGAGUUCUAAUCGUCUAAAUGGGUCAUUUCCAAAGUAUUUCUUUGAAUUUCCAAUGCUGGGUGUUCUAUUACUUUCUUCCAAUUCCUUAAGUGGAAUGAUACAAUCAUCCCUGUUUUCACUUUCAUCAUUGGAUGCACUAGAUCUUUCCAACAAUUCAUUUGAUGGUCUUAUUGAUGAAUAUGUGAAUGUGUCUGUCUCACCAUUGAGAAGUCUGUAUUUGAGUUCUAAUCGUCUAAAUGGGUCAUUUCCAAAGUACUUCUUUGAAUUUCCAAAGCUGUUUGACCUGGAUCUUUCUUCCAACUCCUUAAGUGGAAGGAUACAAUCAUCUUUGUUUUCACUUCCAUCAUUACAGACACUAGAUCUUUUCAACAAUUCAUUUGAUGGUCUUGUUGAUGAAUAUUUGAAUGUAUCUACCUCAGGAUUGUAUAACAUUGACUUGAGUUCUAACCAUCUAAUAAAUUUGUCAUUUCCGAAAUAUUUCUUUGAAUUUCCAAAGUUGAUGUUUUUAGAUUUGUCAGACAAUGAAAUUAAAGGGGAAAUACCAUCUUCGAUAUGGGGAAUGGGUAAUGGAAAUCUAAAUAGUCUAAAUCUUUCCAGCAAUUUCUUAGAUGGUCUUGAACAACCUUAUACAAUUUCAAGCAGUCUUACUCAACUUGACCUGCACUCCAAUCAAUUGCGAGGCCCACUUCCUAUUACACCUGCCCACAGUGAUUCCACUCGUUAUCUUGAUUACUCAAACAAUCUUUUCAAUGGUUCCAUCCCAUUUGGUCUUGGGAAUUUUGCUACAAAAGCUACUUUCUUGUCUCUUUCAAAUAAUAGCUUCACCGGAACAAUUCCUGAAUCCAUAUGUAAUGCAAGUAUUCUGGGCAUACUUGAUCUAUCCAACAAUAUGCUGAGUGGCAUACUUCCAUCAUGUCUAUUCAACAGUUCUGGGAUCCAGGGAGUAAACCUUGGGGAAAACCAAAUCAGUGGUAAUGCCAAUCACAUGUGGCCAAACCUUCAGAUUAUAGAUUUUGCUUCCAAUAAUUUCAUUUGA